AGCACGGAAAAGCUAAGAGUAGAAGCGCGGCUCUGCUGACAAGAUGGCGCGCCGUGACCGCGUACCGCGGCAUAAGUCGCACAACCACAAGCGAAACCAAAACGCGAAGCUGUCGCCCUUCCAACGCGAGCAGAAGCGGGCCAAACUGGCCAACCAGGUCCCCACUGCCCGCACCAUCGGUGGCCUCGACAGCAUCCCGCACAGCCAGCGACACGUUUUCAACUUCCUGCAGGAAAAAAUGCAGCGCCAAAAGGCGAAGCGGGCGGCGUUGGAGCUGGAAAGGCACCCCGAAAAGGCCGCAGCCGUGGACGUGGAAGCUUCUGUCACCGGGAACAGCAGCCGUCACGCCGCAGACCCCUCAGCAGGACGACAACAGAAAACGGCUGUUUCUCAGAAAGCCAACGAGCCUGCGACGGCAGUCAGCGCAGAGCGUGGUACACCGGCAACAACCUCGCCCACCGCGAAGUCUGCCAAGAAGAAGAAGGCGAAGAUUCUGUACCCCUCCUUAAACGACGAGCUGACCGCGUCGGUCGGGGCAGCGCUGCUGCCUAUCAGCCGUCGCUCAAAGGAUAGUGCAUCGACUUCUGCGGAAGCGACGGCCGCAUCAGCAUCAGCAGCUGAGGACUCUAGCACCCCUCGCAGCGUGGAGGAGAUCAUCGCCCGUAAGAAGGAGCGGAAGCACCUGCGCAAGCAAGAGGCACGGCGCGCAAGGGUAGCCGCGAAGCUAGAGGACAUGGAAGCCGAGCUCGAUACCUACGUGAAGGGUGCGAACAGUGUCAGCAAAAAAGGCCGCGCGAAGCGGGGAGAGGACAGUGGAACGUCGGCGGUGCGCGACCGUGUCAACCUGGCGUUCGAGCGUCAACUGCGCGCAAUGGAGAAGGAGAAGGUCAAGAAGGAGACGGCGCGUCAGCUGGAGCUCGUGGCAGAGGCCAAGAUGAAGAAGACGACGAAGAAAGCAGAAGACGGUCUGAACUCCCGCAAGCGGCACCGCGACGACCACGGGGGUGAAAGAGAAAGUACCGACGAGGAGUCGCACGAAGACGGUGAUGGGCAUCGUAGCGGAACUGCAAGGGCGGUGGACAGCAACUCCGCAGAGGAACUACCGCUGCGGCAGCGCAAACGCAUCUCCUUCGAUCCGGAGGUGGCCGACCCGACCACCGCCGCCCAAUCCGCGCGUCGUGCCACCACAAAGACGAACAACCACAAGCCGCAGGACUUCUAUGAACUCGUGGACGUCGUGCGCUACGGCGAGCGGGUGGAGGCGCCGCCGGUCUUUGACGUGGUGCCGAACCGCCUCGCCGCGGUGUCGCGACUGGCCAACCAGCUCGAGCGGGAGGCCGGCGGUGGUCGUGGCGAUGCGCGUCAUCGCCUGCUCGCCGGUGGUGGACAACUGGGGGAGCAGAAGCGACUGGCUCGCUUGGGUCUUGCGCCGGCCAUCACGCACACCGUGCGCGCCGACGCCUCAACUGAGGGAACUCGCAUGAGCAAGGAGGACGAGAUCAAAGCGCUGCGGGAUCGCGUCAUGGCGACGUACCAGCGCAACCGCAGGACGGAGGUGGCCGUGCGCAAAGGGGUCGACAUGCGGCACGAGUUCCCUCGGUUCUCGUAA